AUUUCAGUUAUUUAAGCGAACAUCACUCAUUUCAUUCACAUUAAUCUACUGUGUUUACCGAAUGGCAGCAUCCGUUUAAGUUGAAGACUGGAGUAAAACAUUUGGUCCUAAAAUCAUCUCAAAUUUUAUAAUUAUUCCAACAUUGGGUUGAAAUAGGGUUGGGCAACUUUAGUCUUCUCCUAAAACCCUCUGCGCUCUGCCGCCACUCCAGGCUUCAGCCACCGACCCAUCGGCCACCGUCAACCGGCAACUUGCCACCUUCAUUUGUUGCGCAUUGUAAACUUGGGAGGAGGAGAUAACUUCAAUCUGCAGUUUGCGGAUUUGUGCUUCAGGGAUUUAAGUGUUUACAACUGCCUACAAAAAGAUGCAUCAAUUGGAUUAUGGAGUUGAUGAGGAUGUUGAUGGUGAAGUGGUGGGAAGUUCUGUAGAUACAGAGGGCAGGAUUGGUGAUGAAAAUGAAAUGGGUGGUAGCUCUUCUAUUGAAGGAGGGCAAAGCCAGGAUGAUAAAAUGAAUGAUGAACUGUCUGAAAAGGAUCUUAUACCAGUGGGUGAACCAUUGAAUGAGCCUUUUGUGGGUCAAGAGUUCGAGUCUGAAGCGGCUGCUCAUGCAUUUUACAAUGCAUAUGCUACUCAUGUGGGAUUUGUGAUACGAGUAAGCAAGUUAUCUCGGUCUAGACGUGAUGGUUCUGCUAUUGGUAGAGCCUUGGUUUGUAAUAAAGAGGGUUACCGAAUGCCUGACAAACGUGAGAAGGUUGUAAGGCAAAGAGCUGAGACUCGAGUUGGAUGUAGGGCAAUGAUUUUGGUAAGGAAAAUGAGUUCCGGCAAAUGGGUAGUAACAAAAUUUGUAAAAGAACACACACAUCCCUUGACACCUGGAAAAGGCCGAAAAGAUCUUAUAUUUGAGCAAUAUCCUACUGAGCAUGAUAAGAUUCGGGAAUUGUCCCAGCAGUUGGCGGUUGAGAAAAAGCGUGUCACAAUCUACAAAAGACAUCUUGAAAUGUUGUUUGAACACAUUGAGGAGCAUAACCAGAGCCUUUCAAAAAAGAUACAACACAUUGUAGACAGUGUUACAGAGUUCGAGGCUAAAGAAAAAGAUAAGUGUAGAUAGUAUUUACUCUUCUCGUACUUCUACAUUGUAGUGAUAAACAUGUUAGAAACUUGAGUGCAGGUUUGUGUGAGGUGAGGUUAAUAUCUGUGAAAUUCUUGUCAUUUUUUUACUACAAUUUUUUGAGAACAAUUGUUAGUUUUUAAGCUAAUCAUCAUUUUUAUAACACCCGGGUAGUUCAGAACA